GUUGGUGCGGUGUCUGUGUGUUUAAAGUCAAAUGUGGGAGAAGGAAGGGAACGUCAGGGAAUGAGGGAGCGGAGUGGGUUGAUUCACUUUUGGCAAUUUAAAAUUUUAUAUAUUUUAAAUUUGAUGAUUAUCUAUCACCAAUUUCAUCAAUUGAUAUUUGUAUAGUAUCAAUUGCUUUGAUUUGGACUAGAAAUUAUCUCAAUUCAAUCGUAUCAUCCUCAAUGUCUGAUCUUAAGUCAACUAAUAGUAGUGCCGCCGAGCCAGCUACUGAUAACAGAAGCUUGAUUAAAGCCGCAUUGGAUAUCGAUCCUUGGUUAGAACCCUUUUCUCAACCAUUGAUUGAUCGUCAACUUGAUUUUAAGAAAUGGUAUGCUGAUUUGAAUAGUUCAGAAGGUUCACUUGUUAAAUUUGCUUCUUCUUAUCAUGAAUAUGGUUUACAUGCUGAUUGGAAUUCAACUUCAAUCACUCUUACUCAAUAUAUUCCUGAUGUUUUAGAAGUAUCAUUGGUUGGAGAUUUUAAUGAUUGGAAUGUUAAUAGUCAUAAAUUAAAUAAAGUUAAUAACUUUGGUUUAUGGUCUUUAACUAUUCCUUCUAUUAAUGGUGAAUUUGCUAUUAAACAUGAUACAAGAUAUAAAAUUGCUAUGAAACUUCCAUCUGGUGAAAUCAUCUUUAGAUUAGAUCCUUGGCUUAGAAGAGCAACUCCAUCAACUGAAAAUACUUUAUAUGAAGGUAGAUUUUGGAAUCCACCUCCUCAAGAAAAAUAUCAAUUUAAACAUAAAAGAGCUCAAUUUAAUGAUAGAGAAGGUAUUAGAAUUUAUGAAGCUCAUGUUGGUAUUUCAACUCCAGAACCAAAAGUUGGUACCUAUAAAAAUUUCACUCAAAAUGUUUUACCAAUUAUUCAUACUUUAGGUUAUAAUACUAUUCAAUUAAUGGCUAUCAUGGAACAUGCUUAUUAUGCUUGUUUUGGUUAUCAAGUUACUAAUUUCUUUGCUAUUUCAUCUCGUUAUGGUACUCCUGAUGAUUUAAAAGAAUUAAUUGAUACGGCUCAUGGUUUAGGUAUUAAAGUUUUAUUAGAUGUGGUUCAUUCUCAUAGUUCAAAAAAUGUUCAAGAUGGUUUAAAUAUGUUUAAUGGUACUGAUUAUUAUUUAUUUCAUGGUGGUCCAAAAGGUAAUCAUGAUUUAUGGGAUUCAAGAUUAUUUAAUUAUGCAAAUCAUGAAACUUUAAGAUUCUUAUUAUCAAAUUUAAAAUUCUUUAUUGAUGAAUAUAAAUUUGAUGGAUUUAGAUUUGAUGGAGUUACUUCAAUGUUAUAUAAACAUCAUGGUUUAAGUUUUGGCUUUAGUGGUGAUUAUAAUGAAUAUUUUAAUCCUGAUUAUGUUGAUGGUGAUGCUAUUAAUUAUUUAAUGUUAGCUCAUAAAUUAUUAGAUGAUAUGAGUCAAUUAGAAAAUAAUUUUAAAUUUAUUUCCAUUGCUGAAGAUGUUAGUGGAAUGCCAACUCUUUGUUUACCACUUUCUCAAGGUGGUAUUGGGUUUGAUUAUAGACUUUCAAUGGCUAUUCCAGAUAUGUGGAUUAAAAUUCUUAAACAUUUAUCCGAUGAUCAAUGGGAUUUAUCUAAUAUUGUUCAUACUUUAACCAAUAGAAGAUAUAAAGAAAAAUGUAUUAGUUAUUGUGAAUCUCAUGAUCAAGCUUUAGUUGGUGAUAAAACUAUUGCCUUUUGGUUAAUGGAUAAAGAAAUGUAUACCAAUAUGUCAAAAUUAUCCGAAAAUACUCCUGUUAUUGAUAGAGGUAUUGCUUUACAUAAAUUAAUAAGAUUAUUAACUUUCGCUCUUGGUGGUGAAGGUUACUUAAAUUUUGAAGGUAAUGAAUUCGGUCAUCCUGAAUGGUUAGAUUUCCCAAGAGAAGGUAAUGGACAAUCUUAUCAUUAUGCUAGAAGACAAUUCAAUCUUAUUGCUGAUGAUUUAUUAAGAUAUAAAUUCCUUUUUAACUUUGAUAGUGGUAUGUUAUCCUUAGAUACUAAAUAUGGUGUCUUAGAUACUCCACAAGCAUAUGUGUCAUUGAAACAUGAAAGUGAUAAAGUUCUUAUUUUCGAAAGACAUGGAUUAUUAUUCGCCUUUAAUUUCCAUCACAGUAAUUCUUAUCCUGAUUAUAAGGUUGGGGUUGAAACUGCAGGUACUUACGUUUUAGUCUUAAGCUCGGAUGAUAAAGAGUAUGGUGGUCACCAAAGAGUUGAAGAAUUAGAUGAACACGGUAAACCUUAUGAAUAUUUCACAAACAAUGAGAAAUGGAAUGAUAGAUCUAAUUCUUUACAAUUAUAUCUUCCUUCCAGAACUGCCAUUGUAUUACAACUCAAAAGUAAAGUUUUUUAAUUGUUUCCUUUUUAGUUUAGUUAUUUCCAAAAUAUAUAUUAUACUCUUAUAUAUAAAUA